AGGCAGUAUUAUUAACAAAUUUUUUUUGGUUAUAUAUCGCGAAUCGAUUCGUCUUUCAAUGCUCUCGUAAUGUCACGACCAAGACUUAGAUGGCGCGAAGUACGAGAAGAAUAUAACUCUGAUUAAAUACGUGUGCAAUUUAGAGGCUUAAGAAAUGGGAGAUCCAUAAAUUCUAUACUGUCCUCUAACGUACAAAAAAUUUGCAUCGUCACAAGCGCAGAAUAAAGAUCUCGAUUGUCCGAAAAGUUUCUGCCAUUGUUUCUUAAAGGUAACGUAGAUUUGAUCGUACUUCGUUUCUUGUAUCCAAAAAGAAACCAAUAGAUCGAUUAGUCAGACCGUUUUCGCGUCGCUCAGGAUACGUCAAAGAAUCGACUCCUCCGCGUUAUCGAGUGAAAGUUACUCGUUAUUACUUUCCCCUUUUUGUUCCAAAGAAUUAUUAGACUUUCGAUAUUUUUAAUCGAACUGCAACGAGAUCGUGGGAUAUCGUCGUUGCGCAACGAUCGAUAUUUUUGAUAGAGAAGUCCUGUUCCAAUCGCAGGAUUGCACGCGUUAUCGAGAUACUCUUGGAGCGGUUGCUAAGUUAAUUGAUGUUUACGUAACACAAUCGAUACGAUCGUGAGCCGUGCAACGAUUCAAGUUCGUGGAAUUGAAAUACGUAACAAACGAGGAGUAUCUUAUUUAGGUUCACCGUUCAAAGUCCUAUGCCAGAUUAAUACGAGUUCUUGUUCGCGUCUUAAUACAUUCUGUUACCUAAAAGCUAAAACGGAAGGCAAAUGUUUUGAGCGUCUUGCAUGGAAAUGAGUAACGGUGCAGAGGAAAGAAAAUAGGGUAGAGAGUACGUCUAGGGUCUAAUAAUACGGUAGAUUCUUCGAUGAACUCAUAAAUGAUGGUCAUCCCUGACACCGUGAUAGGCACAUCAAGUAUCCAUUAAAGAGAUCAUGAACAUCGACGUGUACGGCAAGAGCCUAAGGAGGAGUAUAGCGGGAGUCUAAGGAAAGCCUAGCAAGGACUAGAGAAAACUCGAGAAAGCUUAGAAAGUUUAACGAGAAAUUAUGCAAGGGUAUAGAGGAGAUUAAAUAGAGCCUAGAUGAGCUUAACGAAUUAUCUUAAAUGUGACUAAAAUUAAAAAUCAACUAAAACGACUAACAUAAGAUAGUUGGACGGACAUUAUAGGAAAUGUUGGAAUUGCGAAUAAUCUUGUGACCAAUCGUAAACUCAUUUACUUUGCUCUAGAAAUUAAGAGAGAAAGCGACAAGUACUAAACGAAGAAUGCUCAUUCAUUAGCUAGUUUGGCUUAUUGAUAUUCGACGAACGAACGAACCGGUAGUGUAAAAGAAAUUUGCAUUCUCGCAGAAGAAAGAAAGAUCCUUGUGGCGCGGCUACUUUUUUGUUUUACGUUUGGAAACGCUAAGGAAGUUAGAAACAUCAUUGUAGCUUCUCCGUGCUCGCGUGUUUGCACUAGGGGACAACGGCCACUACGUAACAGACUUCUGUAAAUACGCUACAGUUGAAAAGUACGCUUUAAAAAUGUAGAGUCUGCACCGCGUAAGUAGCGCGUCUCGCUGCUUCCAUUUCUCUGUUCCUUCUUGAAAAAUGUGGGAGCACAUAGCGUCCGAUUCAUCGUAUAAUCGACGAUUAAACCCGAUUAAGUCGCGCCUCUCGUUUGAUGCAUACGUGGAAAGAAUUUCACGGUGAACGCGACUCCGUGUCCUCGAGCAACCAGGCAAUGCUGCAUGCGUCAGCAAGAUGACUGAAAUUGCAGAACGAACGGAGACCGUAGAUGACUACGUUCCCGUGAUUCUCCGAUAGAACUUUGCUAUUCGCCUAGCCGGAUUCUUUAUCUUAGUUAUCUGUUGCUUAAUCGCGCAACCCGAGUUUCGUUCCGAGUUACGUUUUUUAAUCAGAGAGAAAAAGACGCGAUGUAUAGGGGUAACUUUCGGCGAAACGAUUGGUAAAACACGCGUGAACGAUGGAGUUAUUCGAUGUUUCACAGAGAAUCGACACGUUAUUGUUGUCAGCACGUUGUUGCUACGUUACAACUGGCCAGAACAAACGGUUUCAUGCAAAACCUUUUCUCGAACGACUGCGGGAGACAGCUGCGAUUCGCAUUCUGUGCUUUCGUUCGCGUGUACAAGGUGUUUCAUAACGCGUACCCUCCAUUUUUCAUAACGAACGAAGAACACCAAAAUAUUUCCGUAUUUUCCAAUGAUUUCUCGGCGCAACUACCGAAAAGAUGUUCGACGUAUUCUCGACUAAUCGUGCAACACCGACAGUGUAGGCCUAGCCCGGGCGGUGUCGGUGACAACGGUGUCCAAGGAGUACGCGGUAAAGGCCUGCCACACGUUAUCUACUGCCGACUUUGGCGUUGGCCGGAUUUGCAAUCGCACCACGAGUUAAGGGCAAUCGAGCAUUGCGAGUACGCGUUCACGCAGAAGCGGGACGAAGUCUGCGUGAAUCCGUACCACUAUCAACGAAUUCAAACACCAGUUUUGCCGGCUAUCCUCGUGCCACGGCAUAAUUUAGCCGGGGACGAGUCCGUCCUUUACAACACUUCCCUCGAAGAACUCAGCGUUAGCGUACCAGAAAACACCAACUUUCACGCGACCUUAAACCAUCAACACCACAAUCAACAGAGUAUAUCGCAGUCAUCGCAGCAGCAGCAACAGCAACAGCAGCAGCAACAGCAGCAACAGCAACCAAAUAAUCCGUAUCAAGGAAUGCAGAGCAUGCAGGCUACAAGUCCGGCUAGUGUCGGUAGUUUAGGAAGCGUUCAAGGUUCGCCGCAUCCGGCUCCUGGAUCCAUGGAUCCUCCUGCCGAUACUCCUCCUCCAGGUUACAUAAGCGAAGAUGGCGAUAACAUGGACCACAACGACAACAUGUCUUUGUCCCGUUUGUCUCCCAGCCCCGUAGACGCACAACCGGUUAUGUAUUGCGAGCCAGCUUUCUGGUGUUCGAUAAGUUACUACGAAUUGAAUACGAGAGUGGGCGAGACUUUCCACGCGUCUCAACCGAGCAUCACGGUAGACGGAUUUACAGAUCCAAGUAACUCCGAACGCUUUUGUUUGGGACUAUUGUCGAACGUGAAUCGUAACACCGUAGUCGAACAGACAAGACGACAUAUCGGGAAAGGAGCUAGACUUUACUAUAUCGGUGGAGAAGUAUUUGCGGAGUGUUUGUCCGACUCGAGCAUCUUCGUUCAAAGUCCUAAUUGCAAUCAGCGCUAUGGUUGGCAUCCAGCUACCGUUUGUAAAAUACCACCUGGCUGUAAUUUGAAGAUCUUCAAUAACCAGGAAUUCGCUGCGUUGUUGUCGCAAUCGGUUUCUCAAGGCUUCGAAGCGGUGUACCAACUGACUCGCAUGUGCACGAUUAGAAUGAGCUUCGUUAAGGGUUGGGGAGCGGCGUACCGUCGACAGACCGUCACAUCGACUCCUUGUUGGAUCGAGUUGCAUUUAAACGGUCCUUUACAAUGGCUCGAUAGGGUACUCACGCAGAUGGGUUCACCGCGUUUACCCUGUUCCUCGAUGUCAUAAGGUUGCAUGCCUUUCUCCUUCGUGGAUACGCGACAAACACGGGCACGAGAAACGAGGAGCGACUCGUGCGUCGUUAUCGUCGUCAUCGUCAUCGUUCAAUGGUUUUCCUUAACGCGAGUUCGUGCUUUCGUUCGGAUUCUCAGCAAUGAUCAGCUACAGUGACAAACAGUGCAAGAACAAAGGUACGAUCGUUGUUCUCGUGAAAUCUGCUAGUGUUAUCUGCUCCUUUUGAUAGUGUAAAAGCAAGACCUUCAUGUUCGAUGUGUUCGAAGGAGAAUUAUUUGAAAUAGACGAAAGAACUCGACGAUCGAUCCGUCAUGAAAACGCUCAAAAGUGCCGAGAGAUCGCGAUGAUUUGUCGAUGUUUCCCUCGUA